GCAGCGGCCACUCCGGCCAAUGGGAGGGAUCGAGGAGCAGGAUGUAAGAAGCCAGGCGACCGCCCGCGCUGUUGUCAGUGCUUGCCAGACGGCGUCUUCAGCUGGGCGUCUCGACGCUGACUCUGCUCCUUCUCUUGCGACGCCAGCUGCCCCCCAGGAGCGACAUGACGCUGAUCCAGCCCAGCCCGGAGAUGCAGCUGCACAUCCGAGGCGAGCUGAACGAGGACGAGGACACCCGGGACAGCGACCUCGAGCACAUCAAGGACUGGCUGUCCAAGCAGCCGCAUCUGCCGCACUUCGACGAUGAUGGUCGUAUAAUGACUUUCCUCAGAGGCUGCAAGUUCUCUUUGGAGAAGACGAAGAGAAAGCUGGACAUGUACUUCACAAUGCGAGCAGCGAUCCCUGAAUUUUUUACCAACCGUGACGUUAAUCGGCCUGAGCUGCAGGAAAUUUUGAAGAUUGUGAGGAUCCCGCCGCUGCCGGGGCUGACGCUCGAAGGCCGGAGGGUGAUCGUGAUGCAAGCCGCCAACAAAGACGUGCUGCACCCAAACGUGGCGGACGGCAUGAAGCUGGUGCUCAUGAUUGGCGACAUACGGCUGCGGGAGGAGGUGACCGGAGUGGCGGGUGACGUGUACAUCCUGGACGCCUCGGUGGCCACGCCUGCGCACUUCGCCAAGUUCACGCCUACCAUCGUCAAAAAGUUCCUGGUCUGUGUGCAGGAAGCGUAUCCAGUCAAACUGAAGGAAGUUCACGUUGUGAACGUGUCGCCCCUCGUGGACACCAUCAUCAACUUUGCGAAACCCUUCCUCAAGGAAAAAAUUCGCAAACGGAUAUUUGUUCAUCCCGACGGCUACGAGUCGCUAUACCAGUACGUGCCCAAGGAUAUACUUCCUGAAGAAUACGGGGGCUACGCCGGCCCGCUGGAUGCGAUCCAUGAGAAGUGGGUUAAGAAGAUGGAGGAAUACACCGAUUGGUUCAAGGAGCAAGAAGAUAUUAAAACUGACGAAUCGAGGCGACCGGGAAAACCAAAGAAUUACGACGAUCUGUUUGGGCUCGAGGGUUCUUUUAAACAACUGGUUAUCGACUAAAGAGUUGAAAAUGAAGGAGCGCUUACGUUACAUUUUAUUUGGAAUCCCUCUGUUAUUGUAAUGACAUUGAUAAUGGGCUAUCCUACUUCCUCGAUGGAUAAGCGCUCAGUUCGUUUUUUAUUUUUAUUUUUUUGCUCUCUUUAUAGACUCUUUCGUUGAGAACGAAGGUUCUGAAUGUUCGUGUGGCCUAAGGCCAAUAUUGAUUUAAGAAGUGAUUCACUUUGUUUUUAUAAUCUUUUUAUUACACUAGGUUGAGAUAUUAUAGUAUUUGCACUUUGAAGUAUAACUUGGUUUCAACAAAAAAAGAAAAUGAAAAUGGAGUAAAACAUGCAUAUAUGUUUCAGAAAGCCAGUAUAUUACAUUAAAAAUAUUUUAUUUUAAAUAUUUGUAAAGAUAAAAUAACCAAUACGUUGAAAGACGUGUACGCGUAGAAAAGUCAUUUUUAACGUGGUCAUAUGUUUGAAUGUAUUUUCUUUUUGAACGAUGCGCCAUUUUUAUUGGUAAGAUUUUGCAUAAAUUUUGCUUAUUACUAAGUAUUUAAUGAAAAACUUAAAACCAGUAAGUCAUACCAGUGCAUGUAUGUACUCCAAACCACUUGUACGCUUCUAUAAACGAAUCACAAAAACUUGCAAUAAACAGUACGCUAUGUUUUA